AUGAUAGAGCUGGAGACCUAGAAGAAAUACUUCAUUGGUGGGGCUGGAAAGCCCACAGGGACUCUGCAGCUUCAAUGUGAGCAUCUCCUGCAGUCAGUGCCUGCCUUCUGCUGGGCCACGUAACAGCCAGACCUGUGCUGGAGCACAGCUUCCCCUGCCUGUCUGCUGUGAGCUGUGGCAGUACGUUUCGUGUUAGAAGUAGACAUUUAGAGCAAUGUAAUUAAUUCUGCUGCUGUUUAGAGAAGAAGCAUAGCAUCCUGUUUAGUUUACCCUGAAAUCUGGGCUAGCUGCUGCUUUUGAACCAGUUACUAAAGGGUUUCUGCCUUUCUCUGGUUCUCUGCCAGCAGCCUGCACUGCAUCUUUUGGAAGCAAAGCUGCUGCUCCUUUCCCUUCUGCAAGCAGAACACUUACUGGUAGCCUUGCACUGGAAGUCUUCAUUCAUCCCUGUCUGUAGUGUGUCGGUAUUUUGAGCUCUUGCAUCCUUCCUUGGUAGAUUGAGACAGUUUGACUAACCUAAGUCAGAAAUCUGUUGCUGAUAAGCCUUUUUCAGCUUUAUUGCUUAAAGGUCUGUGACUGGAGCACAAGGAAGAGGGAAGGAAACUGUUCAGCUGAAAGCAAUUGCAACAGGAGUGUAGCAACAGAUGAAAGAAGCAGCUGUGUGAAGUUCUAUCCUUGUGGAGGUGAGGCCUCGUAAAGGAAAAGCUGCUGAAGAUCAUGUGGAAGCUGAGAUGUUAAUGAUACAGAGAUUGAUCUAAAAUCUUGUGGUGGUGGGCAAAAUAGGUUAUUCCUAAGGAAAAGGUGACAGUCAGGAACCUGGCAUUGAGAGGUGUGAUGCUUAAACACUGUGUUCAUUGACUGCAAGGAGCUGUAAAAUAGGCCAUUUCAGCUCCUCCUUCUGAACAGAGAGUUGGAAGGACAGUGUGUGAGGCGUUCACAUAGCUUUGUGCUGAGCACUGAGGUGAAAAGAGUUGAAGUUCAGGGGGCAUCAUGCAAUUUGGUGUCUUGCAGUGAGGAGAGAGGGAACUGGCUCUAAACAUGGCAAGCUCCUCUACUAGGAAUAGAGUGUGCUUCUGGCUUUGUUUCCCUUAAUUGGAAUGGAACUGUGCAAGUUAUAAUUACUCUGGAAAAGCCACUCUCACAAAAGCAGUGGGAUCUUCAAGGAUCAGAAAAAAAUUGAGGCUGACACAUUGAGGUUGUUUUGGGGGAGCUGGAGCAUUGCUGUGUGCCUGGCUCAGCACUGGUACCUGGUGAGCGUUCGCAAGGGUGGAAUCGAAAUUUUCUGAUUGUUUUGCUUUGACUAAAGAUGGGUGAAGUAAAAUGUUUAUGUUACAUCACUGCCAACCAUCUGGAAUAAAUCUAAUGUAGUCUGUCCAUAAAGCAGAGCUGGAAUGCUUCAUGAAUCUGUAAGUGAUUUGUAGUGUGUUUGGCUUUAGUGAGAAAAAGUUUUGGUUCUUUACAUCUUCUAUUAGAGAGCACAACCUCCUGUUGUGUGUUCAGACGUUCAUAGCAGUACCUGACAGAACUUACCUAGUAGUCGCUGAGUGCACAAUGUGCAGCAAGGCCCUACAUUUUUAUGCAACAAUGAGGUAAAGUUCUAUUACUCGUUCCCAGCUUUCUUGUUUAAGAUUGCAGUAAGGUUUAUCUUUCAGCUGAGAGGGAUUUCUGUUUUGCAGCUGUCUUUUUUUUCCUUCUCCUUCUUGCUGUCAUUGUCUAAAAUGUAACUUGCAAUCAUCUAAAGCGGCUGGGUAUUUGCAAAAGAAGACUUCAAAAGCGUACAGACACUUAAGCUGUAAAUCAAGUUGAAUGAUGCAUUAGAGGAAGCUGAGCUGGCUGUACGGAGAUUUCACGCUGAAGGAUGAAUAGUGAAGAAGAGUUCUAUGAUGCCGUUACGGGCUUUGAUUCUGACAAUUCUUCAGGAGAGUUUUCAGAAGCAAAUCAUAAAGUUGCAGAAAUGCUUGAUCUAGAUCCACACCAAAGCAAUAGGACCGGAAAGCAUAAUGGAGAGACAGAGAUUCAAGAAAAUGGAAUUAAGAGACACAGAACAUCAUUACCUGCCCCAAUGUUUUCUAGAAGUGAUUUUAGUGUGUGGAGCAUAUUAAAAAAAUGCAUUGGACUGGAGUUGUCUAAGAUUACAAUGCCCAUUGUCUUCAACGAGCCAUUGAGUUUCCUCCAACGGAUAACUGAAUACAUGGAACACAUAUACCUCAUUAAUAAGGCUUGUAGUCAUGCAGACCCCUUGGAAAGAAUGCAGGCUGUAGCUGCUUUUGCAGUUUCUGCUGUAGCUUCUCAGUGGGAGAGAACUGGCAAACCAUUUAACCCCCUGUUAGGAGAAACCUAUGAAUUAACAAGGGAGGAUUUAGGAUUUAGGUUUAUAUCUGAGCAAGUCAGCCACCACCCACCUAUUAGUGCAUUUUAUUCUGAAGGCCUCAAUAAGGACUUUAUUUUUCACGGAUCAAUCUACCCCAAAUUAAAAUUCUGGGGAAAGAGUAUAGAAGCGGAGCCACGGGGGACGAUUACUUUGGAGCUUCUAAAACAUAGUGAAGCUUACACAUGGACAAAUCCAACCUGUUGUGUACAUAAUGUAAUUAUUGGUAAACUGUGGCUAGAACAAUACGGAACGGUAGAAAUCGUGAAUCACAGUACUGGAGAUAAAUGUGUUCUUAAUUUUAAACCGUGUGGGCUGUUUGGAAAAGAGCUUCACAGAGUAGAGGGAUACAUCCAGGACAAAAACAGAAAGAAGCUGUGUGUCAUCUAUGGCAAGUGGACAGAAUGCUUGUGGUGCACUGAUCCCACUACGUAUGAGACUUACAAAAAGAAUGAGAAGAGAGGUGGUGAGCAAAAGAAAUUAAAGCCGAGUGAGGAUGUUAUAAAAUCAGAAAACGAUGAGGCUGACGAUAUGCCAGAAGUUCAAGACACCGUGCAGUUUAUACCAGGCAGUAAAUUGCUUUGGAGAAUAAAUUGUAGACCACCCAACUCAUCACAGAUGUACAAUUUCACCAGUUUUGCUGUGAGUCUCAAUGAGCUAGAGAAGGGCAUGGAAGCAAUAUUAGCUCCCACUGACUGUCGGCUACGUCCGGAUAUCAGAAACAUGGAAAAUGGAAACAUGGAUGUGGCUAGUAAAGAAAAAGAGAGACUAGAGGAGAAACAAAGAGCUGCUCGCAAGGAGCGUGCGAAAGACGAAGUGGAGUGGCAGACAAGGUGGUUUCAUCAAGGCACUAACCCAUACACUGGGACUUCAGAUUGGCUGUACUCAGGUGGCUAUUUUGAUAGAAAUUUCUCAGACUGUCCGGAUAUAUAUUGAAAUAAUGGAACCAAUAGCUCAUCUCAUCUGGACAUCUAGUUACUAGAUUUCAUUGUAAGCCAGUUAGUCUGGUUUUGUGAAUAACAAAAUUCAGCUUUUCUAAGUAAAUCCUAACAAAACAUCUAUCAGUCAACAAUCAAGGAUUUAAUGAUCACUAAUGUUGGAUUGCCAAAUAUUUAAACACUGUUGGAUUCUUUUCAUAAAGCUACAUCUGAAAUCAUCAUAUUUUCACUAAUUUUUAAAGGGACUUUUGGAUCUCCAUUUUUUUUCCUAGUUUUUGUCAGGAAGGUAUGCUGUAUCUGGUAGAGCUCAUAACAUCCUUGAAAACUAUGUAACUUUAAGAAAAUAGAGAUAAUACCAUCUUAGAGUAGUGAGGAAUCUAAGUUUUCAGAACUUGGAGCAGGGAUGAAAAGUUCAUAAGGUACGAACAUGAUAAAAUCUAGUACUGUGGCUAUUUCCCAUGAAGAGAUGCAUGUGAAACUUUCAUACAGUAUGUAGCACUAUGUGGGGACUGGAGCUCCUGGCCCCUCUCUCUUCAAUAUGAUUCAAUAAUUCAAAGACAUUGAGAAACAAAAAAACAACUUUAGCUUCUCAAACUGUAGUCGUCUGUUACAAAGUCUUCACAAUUUCUGGUCACUGUGAGCAUUAAACUAUAUACCUGUGAUAAAAUUACAUAAAACAUACGUUAAGAGCAAGGUGCAUUAAACAAUGCGUGCUUCUUCUGAAGUCAGAUGCUGCUCUUAAAGUAGGAGAAACUUCAGGAGCAAUUGCAGGAAUGCAGAGGUGGUUACAAUGUAAAAUAUAUUGCUUGCUACCACUUGGAGGCUUAGAUCUUCUGCACUACUUCUGGCAGCUUUGGCACUAAAUAUGCUUCUAGACUAAACUUUUAUUUGGAAGCACUUGGUAUGUAUAUCCACACAGAUCUCAUAUUUCUGGGAUGUUUUUGUUUGCAUGUUUUUCAUUAUUAGGUCAUGUCUGUUUUGUAUGUUGUAAAAGAGCAGAAUCAAUUUCAAGCUGUGGCAUAGUUACCUAUUACAUGUUUUCUGUGAGCAUGUGAUGUCAUAAAAGUGGAAUUUUUUUGUUCCAUAUGGAAACGUCAAAGCCAUAUAAUGGAAAUUGAACUACAGAUCAAUUACUGAACUGAUAUAUUAAUUUUUUUCAAAGUGAUACACUUCUGGUGAGGAGAGAGGAAGGGAGUCUUGAAAAAUUAGGUCUAGUAAUUAAAACUAAUCCUAAGGUGUUUUUUUUUUUUUUUUUAAUGAAAACUUUUGAGUAACUAGGCAAAAAAGGAAAAUGGCUACAUUGCAUUUAGGCUUACAGUGAUUCAGAGAUCACUGGUGCUAACCAGCGUGACACCUUGAGGAAUUUGUGGAAGAAUUGAUCCAACUGAUGCCUAAACACAUUCAUGGUUUCCUCUGAAGAGCAGAUUGUGCUUCUAUCCCAGUGAUAGGAUAAAAAGGCAAAAGGUUAACAUACUCAUGGAGAAAUGUUUUUGUAUCAAAUUAUGCAUCACAUGAUUGGACUAACUUUAAUUUGGGGGAUUUAGUUGUCGUCUUCAUUGGAAAACUGAGACAAAUGGUUAAAAUUCAGUAAAAAGGCCUAACCUGAAAUGUGCUCAUGGCAACGUUAAUCUGUUGCCAGAAAUCAUACUUUGCUGAUUUUCUUUACACACAAACUAAAUGUGGUAGUAUGGCUCAGAGAACAAAUUUAUAUUUUGUUUCUAAUAAACAUUCAGAUGCUUGACUUUUAAAAAGACCUUGCUGAUCAGUAUGGGAUAGCAUAAAAAUACUUCUGAGUCUUUUUGUAAAAAUCAACUUGAAUUACUGUUCCAGGCACUGGAAUGUUCCUUGCAUAUUUUCUGCUGUGGAACCAUCUUGUUGGAUGAGGAUUGAAAAGAUUCACAGGCUAAGCCAGUUUAACAUCUCACAGGAGAUUAAAACUUGCUUAAGCUAAAUUAUACAUUUAAGGUUGGAGUCAAGUGCUCUUUAAAAGCAUAUGAAUAGAAUGGAAAAAAUGCAGAGUAAUUGGUAAAUAUUCAGUAUUUAAGAAGGAAUGGACAGGUUAGCAUCUCUCUUCUCUUGAAUUAGAAUUUUAAUUUAAACACCCUUUUCAUUAUGCAAAAACAGAAUUAUACCAUGUUUGUUUGAAACUUAUGUUUAGGAAUUUCAUGUAAUUUAAAAAUAAAUUGGCAAGUUUUCUAAAAUGAGAGUUACAUCUUUAGCCCAUUCUCCCUUCUCUUUAGUGUAAUGUUUUUAGGGAAAUCUCGAAUGGGCUCCGACUCUGUUCUUUUAAUUUAUUAUUCUUCACUGAAAACAUUUACAAAAUAUUUUCUCAUUGCUGCUGAAAAGUCUCUGCCUGGCGAGCCACGGGGUGCCCGACGGCACAUUGUGAUCGCUCUGAAAGUGAAAAAAAAUAUAUUUUAAAUGCAGAUCUCGCCUCAGUAGUUUACAUGUCAAAACAUUAACUUUGCACCUUUUAAAAGAAUGUCACUUUUAUAACUUGAUUAAGCACUGUAUAUAAGAUAACUGUGUUAGUAUAUGUUAAUACUGUAGAGAAACCAUCUAGAAAGAAAAUUAUAAUAAAUGCUUAAUUCCCUUUGGGCCUCUAGGUGGUGAGAGAGGUUUGUGUACAGGGAGGUAAGGGCAGCUGUGUGAGGACACGGGUGGAGAUGGCCAGGUCACUUACGGUCACCACGAUGUUUGUUGUGCAAAAAGUGAUUUAAAUCUGAGCUCUGAGUGCUGGGGGGGGGAAGGGAGGGCCGUAAGGUGAAAGUGAUGCCUUUGUGCAGGGAUGGAGUGGCUGCUGGCAGCUCUGUGGGAGCGCGUUGUGUGGGCACUGGGUGCUUUGUGUGGCGGUGCCUGAGCGCUGGGAGCAGCUGCCUCAGUGGUGCUUGUGGGAUGGCUGGUACCUGAUUGACGAGGACAGGAAUAUGCCCUGAAUUGAUCAGAUUAAAACAAACAAACAAAAAACACCUAAAUUGGCUACAUGUGCAGCUGUGUGAUGACUAAAAAUCGUUUCUCAGUGAAUUGAAACCAAGCGGUGGAAAUGGUUUGGCUGAAGCCCUCCCGGCAUCUCCACAGCUGUCCCCGAAAUGGUCACCAAAGGGUUCAGCGCGGCUCUGCCCUGCGCCAUCUCUGCUCGUGUGGUGCAUCUGAGCGGGAAGGGAGGAAGGGGGGGAAGGCCCGGCCGUUGGAUGAGGGCCGGCCCUGUGGAAGCGCUGAGUGAAAUGCGUUUAUUUUUGUAAUAUUUAAUAACUGUCGAUGCCCGUCUCUAUUAACAACCGUCUUUGGCUUUUUAGAGAAGUCUGUACAGGUCUGCGGACGUCAAUGUUACACUGUAAAGCUGUAAAUCCGAAUAAAGCUCGUUUUGAAGAAGA